AUGUUUUUGAAGGCGGGCAGAGGGAAAAAAGUCCCCCCAGUGAGGGUCUAUGGGCCUGAUUGUGUAGUUCUGAUGGAGCCCCCUUUGAGCAAGAGGAACCCGCCAGCGCUGAGAUUAGCGGAUUUGGCAACGGCUCAGGCCCAGCCACUUCAGACUAUGACAUGCUUCCCGGCGCUGGCCAGCCCGCCCGCCCACUCCCAACUCCGCGCCGCCGCUGCGCACCUCCGCCUACGGGACCUGGGCGCUGACCCCAGCGUGGCCGUCACUCCGCUCGGACCCGAGCACAUGGCCCAAGCGAGCGCGCUGGGCCUCCGCCCUCCCUCCCAGCCCCCGCCGCCCCCGCCCCCGGUCGGCGGCGCCAAGCCCUGCUCCAAAACUUUCGGCACCAUGCACGAGCUGGUGAACCACGUCACGGUGGAGCACGUGGGCGGCCCCGAGCAGAGCAGCCACGUCUGCUUCUGGGAGGAAUGUCCGCGCGAGGGCAAGCCCUUCAAGGCCAAAUACAAGCUCAUCAACCACAUCCGCGUGCACACCGGCGAGAAGCCCUUCCCUUGCCCCUUCCCGGGCUGCGGCAAGGUCUUCGCGCGCUCUGAGAACCUCAAGAUCCACAAGCGCACUCAUACAGGGGAGAAGCCUUUCAAAUGUGAAUUUGAUGGCUGUGACAGGAAGUUUGCCAAUAGCAGUGAUCGAAAGAAGCAUUCCCACGUCCACACCAGUGACAAGCCCUACUAUUGCAAGAUCAGGGGCUGUGACAAGUCCUACACCCACCCUAGCUCUCUGCGGAAGCACAUGAAGAUUCACUGCAAGUCGCCCCCACCUUCUCCAGGGGCCCUCGGUUAUUCCUCAGCGGGGACUCCAGUGGGUGCCCCCUUGUCCCCUGUGCUGGACCCAGCUAGGAGUCGCUCCAGCACUCUGUCCCCUCAGGUGACCAACCUCAACGAGUGGUACGUUUGCCAGGCCAGUGGAGCCCCUGGCCACCUCCACACACCUUCCAGCAAUGGAACCACCUCUGAGUCCGAAGAUGAAGAGAUUUACGGGAACCCUGAAGUUGUGCGAACGAUACAUUAGAAUUUAUUAAUAAUAAUACAUGAGAUAAUAAUAAGUGGGAGUCCUUGGACCACAUCCUAACCUGAGACAAUGCCGAGCCUGAGACAAACCCGUGACUCAGACUUGCCACCGGGUCUAAUUAGCCCUAUUUAUUCAGUAUGAAACCCUAUGGUGUUUGUACGUUUAAUUAAUUUAAUUAAGAUAUUUGGGCCUUUUUUUUUUUCCUUAAAAAACAAACAAAACAACCAAGCUGGACUUGUACAUUGCAGGGGGACAGGGCUGGGGGCAAAUUGUACCAAGGAGAAUGAACAGCGAUUAGUUAAUCAAGAUACACACUGCCGAUGCAAUAUGUAUAUAUUUUUUAAAAGGGGAAGAAGCAGAGCAGUGAGUCAGAAUGGAACACAGCAACAAGGUCCUCUGCCUUUCCCAGAGUGCCUCUCCAAUUGCCUUUGACUCCACCACCAGGGCCCUUUCUGAGCGUCUUUGUUGGGCCCUUAUUCUGCAAAGGCCUCUUGAUUGUAAACCACACACUUGCUGCAUUGCCAACAGAUCCUGGACUCAACCUGUGUCUAUUUGUAAAACCCUUUAAGUUCUGAUCGUUGUAAUUUUUCAUUUCCACUCUUUUAUUACUGUUUUCACCG